AUGGAGGAAGAGAAUAGAAGGAUGGCAGAGGAAGCAGAAGCUGAGGAGCAGCUUUUGGCCCAGCAGGCAUAUAUUAUGGCUGUAGAGGUCCCUAUUUUGAAUGUUGAUGAUGAUGAGAUUGAAUAUGUAAGAGUGUAUACUACCCCAGCAGCUGAUGAGGCAACCAACCCAACCCAACCCAAAGAACUAGCCAGGCUUAAACCCAAAGAGUGGAAGGUGCCUAGAAGCACUGCUGUUAAUUUUGGCCUUGAUGUUGGCAAGAAAACUGCAGCAAGAAGUGAAGAUGGUGAUUAUGAAACUUCUGAUGUUGAGGCUGAUUCUGAUAUGGAGUUAGACAUUGAGGAUGAAUACAUUGUGAGAGAAGAAGAUGUUCCUGAUAACAUACAUGAGAAGACCUUUGCGGAUUAUUUAGAUGGGUCUCAUGUAGAUUACUGCAUACAAGAGGGCUUCUCUGUUUCAGUUGACCAUGUUGACAGUAAGAGGUACAUAGCAAGGUGUUUGAUGAGGGAUUGCACUUGGAGGAUUCAUGCUUCAGUUCUAAAAGACAAAGUCAGUUGGGCCAUAAAGAAGCUAGAAGGAGAGCAUGCAACUUGUGGGAGGCUAGAAGAGAAUCCUAUGAGGCUGUGCUUGGAAAGGUACAAGAUCCAUGUGAAGUUGAGAUUGUUAUACAAAGUGAAGAGUUUAGCCAGGGAGCAAUUACAUGGUGGGUUUGCUGAGUUCUAUCCAGCUCUUCCAAAGUAUGCUGAAAUGAUAAAGUCCACAAAUCCUGGGUCUUAUGCUCUGGUUACAUGGACUGACAGUUUGCAAUUCAAAGCCUGUUUCAUAUCUUUUGCAGCUCAAGUGAGAGGAUUCUUAAGUGGUUGUAGACCUAUCAUAGGAAUAGAUGGUGCACAUUUAAGUGGAUAUUACAAAGGGAUUAUGCUCACUGUAGUUGCAAUAGAUGAGAAUAAUGAGAUCUUUGUGUUAGCCUAUUGGAUUGUUGACAGAGAGAGCAUAGAUUCUUGGACUUAUUUUUUCAAAAACUUGAGGUGCCUGUUUGCUCAGUAUGGAUCUCAGAAGGAUGACUGGACUUUUAUCAGUGACAGGAUGAGGGGGGUUGAAUCAACAUUGUUUCAGGUGUUCCUAAGAGCUACCAGGAGAAUUUGCUGCCAUCAUUUGUACUCAAAUUGCAAGGCUGCAGGAUAG